CCUCUGUCCUAAGUACUAAUGUGCUCGCUCUCUCGCUCUCUCUCUCUCUCGUCCACUCACUGCGAGCUGCUGCUUUCUCCCUCAUUCUCCGAGCCGCUGCAAUGACAACUGAAAUUUUUAAUAAGCAGAAAACCAUCGAUCUGAGAAAGCAACACAUUGGUCCCUCCUGCAAGGUUUUCUUCAGCCAUGACCCCAUCAAGAUUAUGCGAGCCAGGGGUCAGUACAUGUACAAUGAAAAAGGCGAGCGGUACCUCGAUUGCAUCAACAACGUCGCCCACGUGGGUCACUGUCACCAAGAAGUUGUCCAGGCUGGAGCGAAGCAGAUGGAGCUAUUGAACACUAACUCACGCUUCCUUCAUGACAACCUUGUCCAAUAUGCACAACGCCUACAGGCCACACUACCUGAACAGCUCUCAGUCUGCUACUUUACAAACUCAGGCUCUGAGGCCAAUGACCUGGCCUUAAGAUUGGCUAGGCAGUACACUGGCCACAAAGACAUCAUCACGCUGGACAAUGCCUAUCAUGGUCAUGUGUCAUCACUUAUUGAUAUCAGUCCAUACAAGUUUCACCAGUUGGGAGAGUGUGAGCAAAACCAACAUGUGCACGUGGCUCCAAGUCCAGACAUCUACAGAGGAAAAUAUAGGGAAGAUCACGCAGACCCUGCUACUGCUUAUGCAGAUGACGUUAAAGACAUCAUAGAAAAAGCUCAUGCAAAACGACAUAAGAUUGCUGCUUUCAUUGCUGAAUCACUGCAGAGUUGUGGAGGGCAGGUCAUUCCUCCAGUGGGCUACUUCCAGAAAGUGGCACAACACGUGAGAAAGGCUGGGGGCGUCUUCAUUGCUGAUGAGGUUCAGGUCGGCUUUGGAAGGGUAGGCACUCAUUUCUGGGCCUUUCAGCUGCAAGGGGAAGACUUUAUACCUGACAUUGUUACCAUGGGCAAACCGAUUGGGAAUGGACAUCCAGUGUCCUGUGUGGUGACCACCAGAGCCGUGGCUGAAGCCUUCAUGUCAUCUGGAAUGGAGUACUUUAACACAUUUGCAGGAAAUCCUGUAUCCUGUGCUAUUGGACUAGCUGUGUUGGACGUGAUUGAGAAGGAGGAUCUCCAAGGCAAUGCCCUGCGAGUAGGAAGAUACCUGAUGGACCUACUCGAGAAACUGAAAGAGAGACAUCCCUUAGUGGGAGACAUCAGAGGUUGUGGCCUAUUUGUUGGGGCAGAGCUGGUGAAAGAUCGACUUAAAAGAACCCCUGCAACAGCUGAAGCUCAGGAUGUCAUAUAUAGACUGAAAGAUCAGCGGAUUUUACUGAGUGCAGAUGGACCACACCGUAAUGUCUUGAAGUUUAAACCACCUCUGUGCUUCUCCAGAGAGGAUGCCGACUUGGCAGUUGAAAAAAUCGACCAGAUUCUAACAGAUCUUGAGAAUGCUUUGGGCCUCCCUGUGUCUGAUCAUCUAAAUGCACAAAACAAGCGCAAGGAGCCAGUCGAGGAAAACGGCCAUGGUGUUCCUUCUGGUGGUAGCCAUCACAUCACUAAGACUAACAAAAGACGGAGAACAUAAGAAACCUUGCUCUUCUUUUAACAUUAGAAUUAAAUAUGUCCAGCAUUUUUUUUCCUUUUACCUGACAAUGACAGCAGACACAGGAGGCUUUUUUUCCUGACUACACUUGCUAAUUAAUUUACUGAAUCAUAAUUAGUCAUGGCUAUAGACAAAAAGUGAACAGUGCGAAGGAGUGAUUUCAAAAGAGCUGGAAACAAGAACCCUUUUUCACAGAGAGUAAUAGCAAAUGGGUAUGCCUCGUUAAGAGACUUACAGUAAUUAAGGUAUAUAUUUGGAAAUAAUUAAGAUAUUCAGGAAUAAAUCAUGAGCAGUGCAAUCAUUUUCAGAGGAGGAGAGAGCAAAGAAACCCAGAACGGGACACAAAACAUUACUAGAGCUAUUAAGUGGCUAUGCCGGAAAACCUUUCAUGAGUUCUUGAAAGAGUCUUUAAGUGUGUUAAUUUAUGAAUAUCGUCAUGCAUGUCACAGCUACAGCUGUAACAUUAUACAAUGCUGCGAUUAUUCCAUAAAAAUGUUAUUCACUGUUGGUGCAUUUCAAUCAGCUCCCUAGCUCCCUAGGUCAUGAAUUAAUAUAUCAUGUACACACUGGAAAGUCCCGGGCUCAAUGCAUAAGGGGACAUGAUUUCCGGCCAUAUGACUACACUAUGGUGUUGUGAAACGUCACCACUGCCAUUUAUAAACAACAGGCAGAACUGAUAUCUUUGACAUAAUUUUUUGAUGUUGUUUUAAGUUUGAAAAAUUAUCUGUCAUGGUACAGAUAGGAUUGUAAGCUAGCUAGAGGAUUUCUUUUAAAUCACAAAGCACUUAAAAGUCAUUAGACUUUAACAAAUCGUGUACAGAACACCAACUAAAGUUAACAAUCUCUAACGUAAAAAUUAUUUAAGUACUACAACACAGAUAAGAAGCUACUUAGAUUAUUUAAAGAUGUCAGCUGAGAGGCUUCAGAAAAUAUCCCAUAAUUUCUGGUAAGGGAACAAAGUGAGCAUCGAUACUCUGUUGUUGUUGUUUUUUGCGGUGCUUUAUGGGAUUUUUUAGGGAAUGAACAUUCCAGUGCACUGGAAGGAUUUUGCAAUUGAGACAGCCCUUAAAAUGGCCAACUCUCUAAUCAGUGCCCUAACCUACUGAACUAAGAAGCUGAUUGAGAUGCACCUGAUAUUUGGAGUUUGGAUAGCCAUCUUUUUUUUUAUCAUCUAUUAAUUAUACGUUAACAUUACACAAGAAACCUCUGGCUCACAAUAUUCUGACGUUAAUUUCCAUGUUUUAGUGGAUAUAUAAUGUACCUCAUGCUCUAAAAGUGAAGGUGGUGUUAUUUUAUAUAUAAUUGCUCACAAUUUUUCUUUGUUAUCGAGGAAUAAACAUGGUGCUAACUAUUUAUAGUAUUUAAUGAUGCCAUAGUCUAAACCAGGUUGAAUUUAGAGGGUUUUUAAUUAUAUACAGUAUUCUAAGUUCAAGAAUAUUUUUAGCCACUAUUAUACUAUAAACUAUUAUACAACUUUGAGGUAAAGAUACUUCAGAUGCUUACGUCAGCAUCAGGCAGUAAUGAAGGAUUUUGUUUUAAGGUUCAAAGUUUUUGUUGUUCAUUUCAACAACAUUUUUUUUUCUGUUGGAAAAAGUGCUAAAUGCAACCUAAGCAAAUGUGCAAAGUUCACAUUGUUCUUUUACAUGCAAACAUUACACUGAUGUAUUAGGCAAGUGCGUGCUCCUCCGCAUGCACUCACUGAACGCAGCCGCUGGUGCGUGAGCUGUUGACACGAACACACACUGAAGGGGAGUGCACUCAGCCACUUUCAGCAUGACCUCAUAUGAUCAGAACAGCUUGUGAAACACUGGCCUGUCCAGCUGUAAUGGAGUGGAACAGACCUUAAAUGUCCUGUAUGAAGGCCAGUCACUGAAAAACAGGUUGACUUGAAACUCAGCACUUGAUUAUCGCAAAAUAAAAGUAAAAAUAUUUUUGAUUGUUAUUCUAAUUCUGUGCAAGAUAAAAAAAAAAAAAAACGUGGUAUGACCAAUGUUGUGUGGUGUGUGUGUGUUAUUUUAUAAUGUGAUUAAGAAAGAAAUAUCCUGAAUAUCGGCAAAUGUAUCUAAUAUUUCUCAUUAAGAGAUUAUUAUUUGAGAAAUAAAGGAGUAGACUUAUUUGUAGUCAUUGUGAAUAAUCAGUCAGUUACUAGUCAAAAGUAAAACUAUCUGCAAUCAUCUUCUAUGAGUGCCUGAUGCCAGCAACACACACAAUUUAAAGAGUUUAUACUAUUGCUAUGCUCUUCAUUGUAUUAUAUGUCAGUGCACUGUUGUUGAGAGCACCCACAGUUUCGUUGUACUCCUUAUGUGCAAUGACAAUAAAGUCAAGUCAAGUCAAGUCAAGUCAA